AUGCCGCCGCUGCUGCUUCAGCCUCAUGCCAGCCUCUCCCACGCCGAAGCCUUACAAGUCGCCCAACAAGCUCCAGAGUUCUUGCGAAAGAAUCCCGCGUCCUAUUCUGCGUCGCCGUUACUAUCCUUGUUCUCCCCACCUGAGAACUCAAAGAUAUGGACAAUAUAUGAGAAUCUUCUGUUAGCCUGUUUGCGCACUGGCGAUAACACUACUGCACACCAAUGCCUUGAAAGAUUGGUGGUUCGGUUCGGAGCAAGCGAUGAGCGCAUUGCAGCUCUUGAGGGCUUAGUUAAAGAAGCUGAGGCAACAAACAACGGCGAGCUUGAGAAGGUGUUGAAAGAAUACGAGGCAAUCUUGGCUGAAGACAACACCAAUACACCAAUCGCAAAAAGAAGGAUUGCGCUCUUACGUACGAUGGGGAAAACCGCCGAAUCAAUCGAAGCUUUGGUACAGUAUCUAGAUUUCGCAUCCACCGACGCCGAGGCUUGGAUAGAGCUGGCAGAUUUGUAUCUGUCUCAAGGACUUUACAGUCAAGCUAUCUAUGCGCAAGAAGAGGCACUUGUUAUAGCGCCGAAUGCGUGGAAUCUUCAUGCUCGUCUUGGCGAAAUACUUUUGAUGGCUGCUGAGUCCGGAAGUGAAGGAAAUCCCCAAAACUAUCUUGCGGGGAGCUUAAAGCGCUUUUGCAGAAGCAUUGAACUGUCUGACGAUUAUUUACGAGGCUAUUAUGGACUGAAACGAGUGACUGAUAAACUCCUAAAUGGAGAUUCCAAAGCAAAGAAAUCAUCAGAGUCAGAUGAGUUCACUCUACCUGAGACAUCGACAAUCGAGAAGCUCAACUUGGCUGCGACGAAGAAACUGGGCGAUAUUGUGCGAAACUACGACGCGAAAGCUCCUCUGUGGCAGGGAUACGACGCUGGAGAGGUCGCGGCCGCUCGUGCUUAUCUUUCAAAUACUUCACAAAAGGUUGUGCGAUGA